GGGUGCACCUGGCGGCGCGGGUGGACCCCCGCCUUCCUCUCGCCGCCACUGCCUCUUUUGCUUUCUUUGCCCUUUCUCGGUUUGGUGAGAAAAUACCUACGGGCCACCAUUGUAAGUUCUGAAUUCUCAUCUCCUGCCCACACCUCCUUUCACCCCCUCUACCCUCGCCAACACUUUUUUUUUUUUUUUUAACUGGAGCAGCGAGUGGGCUGAAAGAACCUACAAACCCUGUCCUUCACACUACAUCGUAUCCAGACAAGCUCCUGGAAUUGCAGGUCCCGUUCCCAGAAGCCUGUGCCUCCCUCCUCUCCCAGGAAUUCAUCUCCAUUCCCCUCUAUCUCCGUGGUGGACCCCCCUCCCCAAAUUUUUCACGCACGGGCCCCUUCCGACAUCUAGAGAACUUAUUCCUGCGAAAAAGCCCUCUCCUUCUUUCCCCACUCCGACCCCACACCUUCUCCCGCCGUUGGUCUUAGUUAAUUUCGGAAAGAGGUUGGGAACUCGGAAACUGGUUGGGCUCCUUCAAGUGAUCAGAGUGAGGGCGAGAGUUGUCACUCAGGGAAUCAGGUGCGAAGGUCAGGAAGGAGGUCAGCCUUGAUUGGCUCCGGCUGCGUGCGUCUAUGUACCCUGCGCCCAUCCACCUCCUGUUACGGUCGGUCUAGGCGCCUGAACUGCCACCCAAAGGGGCGCCUUGAGGCCUGGGGAGUACCUGGGGCCAGGACGGCUGCACAAAGACGGGAAGCUGGAGAGACCUCUUCUAGGCUCCUGAAUGGUUCUGGAAGCCGAGAAAUAACUUGUUUCUAAAGCAGGCGGACUGGUUUGCACUGGAGAGGUUGUGCCUGCCAUCUCUGUCUAUAAAUACCAGAAUAAAUACCAGAAAGUUGUUGCUAGGUUGGUGGUGCUGGUGGGAUGCCUACCCUCUGCAACAGCCACCUCCCACCCCACCCACCCACUCACCCACCCACCCAGAGGCUUGUGAGGGAGCUGACUUAAACAAGGCUGCAAGACCCUGAAGCCCGUCUUGGUCAGGAUCUGCCGAGUUUCUAGCCCAGUUGGCUGAAGCAAGAGUUGCUCUGGUUAGGCGGUGGCCUUGGCCUCUAUAAGCCAGCCAACCAGGAGGGGCUGCGGUGGGCUUCCAGGGAGGAGGGACGCUGAUGGAGAAUAAAAUGGAAACGUGGCUCUCUUAGUAACUGAGGAGGAUAUCUUAUUCCAAAGUGGUUCCCCAUACCUGGUGGAUCCUCAAAACGCUUUUCUGUGCCUCGCCUCUACCUGCCCUGGUAUCCCCAUAAGCACCCACUGGAGAGAGCCUUGUCAGUGUACUGAGGGCACAGUCAGUGCAUGCACCCUUAAUAAUGAACACUAAGGUGAUGAGUUUCAAAUCUUGUCCCAAAGUGAUUUUGUUUGCUUUCCAGCCCCAUUGGUGGUUUCUAUUGAAUCCAGCCAUCAUUAGGCAAUGGGUUGGAGUCAUUUGACAUCUAUUCCCUCAUUCUCCAGUUCAACAGCCCCAAAAUGUCCCUCUCUGCCUCUCCAAAUCAGGAAGGAAUCUUUUGAUUUCUCAUUUGCUCCUUUGGCUGCUGUUUCUGCGGCAGUCAUCACUGAAAUGUUACAACCUUGCAGCCGGGCUUUACUCAGACCCUGGGGCCUAGAUGGAAAAUCAGACCGGACAUCAGUGCCCCGAUUGAAUAAUCUGUGUCACUAGGGCUUUGAGCCCAGGAUGUGAGUGGAGGCAAUUCCCUGUUUUGGAAGAAAAUCAGACAGGAAACCAGAGCUAGGAAGAAGGAAGAGAACUCAGUCCAGCAGAGUGUAAUGGGGCCUCAUUACCGAAGCAAAAAGCAGCUGUUGGCUAAUUCCUAGCGUGCUGUAACACAUGAGGAUUUUGCAAUUAGUAAUAACUGGUGCACGGGGUUCUUGCGUAUGUGCCUGUCCAUUCGGCCCAGCAGCUCAAGCAAGGAGCCUUUCAAACCAGAGGGAUUGGUAAGAAAUUCCGGGUAGAUAUGCCUGGCUCAGGCAGCGCCUUCAUCCCUACCAUCAACGCCAUCACGACCAGCCAGGAUCUGCAGUGGAUGGUGCAGCCCACGGUGAUCACUUCCAUGUCCAGCCCAUACCCCCGCUCGCACCCCUACAGCCCCCUGCCAGGCCUGGCUUCUGUCCCCGGGCACAUGGCCCUCCCGAGACCCGGUGUGAUCAAGACCAUUGGCACCACGGUGGGCCGCAGGAGGAGAGAUGAGCAGCUGUCCCCUGAAGAGGAGGAGAAGCGUCGAAUUCGGAGGGAGAGGAACAAGCUGGCUGCGGCCAAGUGCCGGAACCGCCGCCGGGAGCUGACGGAGAAGCUGCAGGCGGAGACCGAGGAGCUGGAGGAAGAGAAGUCGGGCCUGCAGAAGGAGAUCGCUGAACUGCAGAAAGAGAAAGAGAAGCUGGAGUUCAUGCUGGUGGCCCAUGGGCCCGUGUGCAAGAUCAGUCCCGAGGAACGCCGGUCCCCGCCGGCCUCCGGGCUGCAGGCCCUGCGCAGCGGGGCCAGUGGAGGGGUCGGUGCCGUGGUGGUGAAACAGGAGCCCCUGGAAGAGGACAGCCCCUCGUCCUCAUCGGCGGGGCUGGACAAGGCCCAGCGCUCCGUGAUCAAGCCCAUCAGCAUUGCUGGGGGCUUCUAUGGCGAGGAGCCCCUGCACACCCCCAUCGUGGUGACCUCCACUCCUGCCAUCACUCCGGGCACCUCGAACCUCGUCUUCACCUACCCCAGCGUGCUGGAGCAGGAGUCGCCAGCAUCGCCUUCUGAGUCCUGCUCCAAGGCUCACCGCAGAAGCAGUAGCAGUGGGGACCAGUCAUCAGACUCUUUGAACUCCCCUACUCUGCUGGCUCUGUAACCCAGCUCCCAGGGGCGGGGGUGGGGGUCCUCGUCACUGCCUCCUGCCCAGGGACCAGCACCUUCCAGCGCUCCGGGGCCGUGAGGAGAAGAGGGGGACCCUGCCAGAGAGCUUCCUGGCUCUGGGGAGAAACAGGUGGGAUUUGGUGGUGAGUCUCCGGAGGACUUGGAUGAGCUCUUGGAAGUCACAGGACCUCCUCCUCCCUCGUCCAUCUCACGAAGCAAAUCCUGUUUCUUGAAAAACAUUGGAGAACUUGGUUUGGUGGACUCGGGCAUCUCCCUGGCUUCUGAAGAGCCUGAAGCUGGUUUGGGCCGUUCUUGUCCCUCGGUUCCGAUGUGUCUCUGGAGUGAUGGUGUCCUUCCUGCCCCACCAAGCAUGCUCAAUGCCUUUUUGGUUUCACCUUCCCUCUAUUCGCCCCUUCCUUCCCCCAGUGUCAAUUUCACUUCCUCUUAGUUUUUUAUCAAAUUUGCCAUGACAUUUCAUCUGGGUGGUCUGAAUAGUAAAGCUCUUCAUUUCUGAAGAGAGGGCAGCAGGGUGACUUUUUGGCUGGGGCUGACUUGUCCAGAAGGGGACAGUCCAUGUGCAAUACAGAACCUUCCCUCCUCUGACACUUUUGGUCCACCACCAUCUCCGGAACCGCCAGCAGGGCUUCUUGAACUCUCCAUGAGAGGCCACCAUCACCAGGAGGUUUGGAGGACCCUUCCUCCCCAUCCUCGGAGACGCUUUUGGAGGAGCAGCUUGGCCAGAAGACAGGGUGUGAGUGAGACAGCUGGGGCAUGGAUUGGGUUUGCCAAAUGCCUAAUUACCAGGCCAGGAAUGGCCAGGAAUAGUGCCAACGGGCCACACGGGUGUCCCAGCCAGCCUCUCUUCACCCCGUGUCUUGAAUAGGACGUCUCUUGUAAUUACCGCCUCGUCGUUCAGCCCUGGACCCUUCUCUCCUUCCUUCCUCGGAGCCACACGUCACUCCAAGUCCCUGCCCGCUCCACCCUCCCCCACCCUGCCUCUCAGGGUGACGCCACCCGUGGAGGUUUAAUGAGCGUGGGCCUGGCCCCUCCCCAAGCCUCAAAAUCGCCUCUGCUGUGGAUGGAAAGGAAGGGGGAGGAAGGAGGGAGGCAGUCAGAGUGGGGUUUGCCUCGCAGCAGCCCCAGCGCCUGCUUCUCGCCUCUCACCAAGGUGCUGGGCCGUGCUACCCUCUGUGGUCAUCUGCUACCUGAUGGAUCUCGUGCUUGUUCUCUUACACUCCCCUGCCCCCUCACCCCAGUGUGCUUCCCAGGUCCACCAGCCAGCUGUGAACAGCUGGCCCAGAGCUGUUGUUGUGGCUUGCAGCUUAUGUGCCAUUCCCCAGGGGCUGCUGAAAUCAGAGAUGAAUCCCACUGCAGGAGAGCUGCCCUUUCCCGUGGGGUGGAGGAUGGGGAAAGGGGGUCCUCCAGCCGCCCCCCCCACCUCCUCCCGGGAGCACAGCUCCACAGAGCUCAGCGGAGUCCCCGCCUGCCACCCCUCGGAGACUUUUUUUCUCCCCAAGGCUGGUCUUCCAGCAUUGGCCUCUGCUGGGCUAGUGCUCUGAGGGAGGCCCCACUAUUGUGAUUCAGCUCUAGAGAUCAUUGUAUGAUAAUUUAAAACUAUAUAGAUAUUAUUUAAAUCAACCCAGUGGGGGUUAAAUCUCAAAGUUGGACUUGGGAGAGGGAGAAAAAGCAAUGACAUGAUUGCUCACCUGUUCCCUUCACAGACCCAGGCCUGGCACGCCGGCUGAUAUUUAAUGUUCAUUACUCACUUGCCAUGCCCUAGACACACAGAAUGGAACAACCCAAUGCCUAAAAUACGCAGCCCACUAUGACCGGGAGUGAUGUGUGGAGGGGUAGGACUUGCAAAGAGAGGAGACUAAAAGAAACAGGAUUUUCCCCCCAAAUGCUUUAAAUGUGUUAUUUCCCACAUUCCUUGGCUGUGACGCUGCCCCCUAGUUCCCCAGAGGUUCUGGGAGGGGCACUCCUAAUAAGAUGGGGCCUUUGGGUUUCUGGCUUCAGAUUAAUCAAGGACACAGAGGUCAGCUAGGAGUAGCAGGAGACGGGCAAAAAGAACUGGGGUGAACUCAGCUCUGAAAGACUUAAUCAUCUCAAGUGGUAUUUGUGGCCAACUGGGAGCUAUUUCUUUUUGAAUAUAUGUAUUAUAUAUUUCUUAAAUGAAGCUGCUCUCUGGUGUUUUGUUUCUAAAGUCCCUUUGUGCCCCACUUUGCACAGCUCUGAUCCCAAGGCAGGCCCUGGCAUGUGACGUGGGGCCAAGCUGGACAUUCCUGAAACGGAGUCUGGCUUUAGUUCAGAUUUCAAACUGCAUUGGUUUUGGGACCAGCAGAAAGCAAGAACCCAGCCGCCUUGCAGGACUUCGAGGCCUCUGAGCUGUGUUUCUAUUCAGGACCCUCUAACUUUGUUCUUGGAGGUAGUUUGGCUUCCUCAAAGCCAGAGGUUAUUUGGAGAAUUCACUCUUAACUCACAGGCAUAUCCUCAGUCACUGCCUUCUGGCUGGUUCUCUAAAGUUGCUGCCAGACACCAGGCCUGCUGCUUCCUCCUCCUUCCUUUCUCCUCCUCCUCGGGAGCAGUGGCAGGGGGAGCCUUUGGACUUGGGCAGGGAACCCCAUGUCCCCCUGUGUCCCCAGCCAUGAGGCAGCUGGUGUGGACUCCAGCUGGGCUGCAGGCAGCUCUGGGACCACAUAGGGCAGGCACUCCUUGACAGGCUGGUGUGAAACCCACAGUCCCCUUGGCCACCUGGCUAGCCUCUUGGGAACAGCCCUCUUCCUGUCGAGUGGAUGGGGACAGCUGCUGACACAGGACAGAGAGGAGAUCCCAGGUGAAGCUUAGGCAAUUACCAGAGCCAACUCAAAGCAGAGAAUUCACUGGGGAAGUUUUCAGUAAGAAAGAAAUUUUUCUGCCUGUGAGACUGGCCAGGUGUCUUCACUGUGGCCCAUCCCACAAGCAUCUCAAAGCCAGGAACCAUCAGAGGCUACUGGUUCCCUUUCUCAGGCUUUGGGGAAGGGAGUCUCCUCUCUGUUCCCACUAGGCUCCAUCUUAAGGUUGAGCUCAACUUACAGGCGUUGGGACUUUUCUCCCUUUUCCUUGAUGGACCAACAGUGCUUCUUGCAAUCUCACCUUGUAACUUUUAGGUUGAUUUCCUCCCUUGAUCAGACAUCCAUGUGGCCUCUUUAAGAAGGAAAAGAACAGCACCUACUAUGUGCCAGGCACUGUGUUAGGCACUUUUAUAUAUAUAUACUCUCUUUAGGGUGAGACUAAGUGAUGGGGACUUCCCUUAUUAAAAGCCCACCACUAAUGGAUCAACAAAAACACUUGGAGGUGAGAAGGUCUUUCUCCAAAGAUCCAAGGCAAGAUUGCCUUCAGUCUGAGGUUUGUUCUCAAAGACCCACCCCCUACAAUAUCCUCCCACCUCUAAAUGUGUUUCCCCUGUGAUGUGCUCCUUUGCACUCUUCAGAUGGUUAACCAGAGUCCUUAUAGAAUUUGUGGACCAAUAGGAUAUGUGGUGUGUGUAACUUUCUUUUAAAAACUUAAGUAAAGUGGUCUUGCUACUUUCUGCUUGUUGAGUCUUCUUGGCAUUCAAUCUUAAAAGCCAGCAUCUCACUAUUUAUUGACGGGUCGUGUGUAUGUGUGUGUGCGUGCGUGUGUGUGUGUGUAUACAUUUCUAGGUGUGCCCAUGUCCUCCUGCACCUUUUAAAAAGGAAACCCAGUCACCCCACUACCUAUGUGACAUCUUCUCAUGCUUCUAGUAUAUUGGUCGUACAUCAACAAAGGGUUUUAAUUUUCUAAGGCUGACAUGUUCAGGAGGAGCUGGGUCAAAUUUUGAGCAGGGCAUGGGAAGGGAAGGGGGAGAAGUAAUUGACAUUUAUUUUAUUAUUUAUUUUAAAUGUUUACAUCUUUGUGUUGUACCAAGCCUGAAUAGAAACAGAUAGCAUUAAAAUGCUCAGUUCCUCUCUCCCUCUCUUUCUUCUUUAUAAUCUUUUUUUUAAAUUUACGCUAAUGAUGCUUUGUUUCUAAAAUGAUUUGUGACUUGUGCUGUAUAAACUGUAUAAAAAAAGGUUCUGUUUUUAAAGAUGGUGUGUCAUUCCCCUGGGGACAGUGGUCACCAAGAACUCUACAUUAGAACACAAGGAAAGAUACUGCUCUGUUCCUCAAAAAUUAUUUUCUGUGUAUGAUUAAAAUUUUAUUCCAUUUAUUUUAGUUUGUGGUUACUUGAUGUCGAGGAAGAAAAAUGUUCACAUUUGUAUAAAGAAUAGGUAUCAGGGUGUCUUUUCUGAAGUGACAGAUGUAUAUAUAGUAUUUUGGUAUAUCGUGGCAAAUCAAAAGCUUCGUGCAUCUGUAUUUGAGGUAUGUUGAUGAUGUGGAAUAAAGACUGCUCUAAGAUCCUGGAGGUAAAAAAAAAAAAAAAGUUGUACAAGAUUCCUACAGCUUGAUGGGGGAAUUUAAUUAUCUUUCUGAGCACCUUGUCUUUUUUUUUUUUUUUUUUUUUUUUUAAGUAUUGGUGAAAUGGUCCCAUUGGAAAGGCUUCUAAAUAAGCCUCUCCAGGCAGGACUAUGAGCUCAAAAAUCUUUGUAUAGUUUUGAAAUUUGAGGAGUAGCUCAGCUCUGAAGCAUCUCUGGUGGUGUUUUGUUGUUGUUUUGUUAUUUUACUGUAAUACAAGCCUACAGUAUUUGCACUAAAGAAAGCUUGUUAGAAAAAGCUUGCUGCUAUGGAAGAAAGAACAUAUUACAACUUUUUUUCCUUUUUUUUUGUUAGCUUUUUCACUUUCAAUUGAGUAGCUUUUUGUAGAAUAAAAUGAAUUAAGAUUGAA